AUGGAAACUCCACAUGACGCCACCGGCUCCUCGCAAGCCCAAGCCCAAGCCCAAGUUCGUCGUCAACCCAUGCUGGUGGCACCAAUUGCUGUUGCUGCACCGCAAACACCGCCUGCGACCGCCAAAGGUUCGACACGCUCCAAGGGUUCCCGAAACCGAAAGCCACUGCCGCCAUCGCCAUCGGCCGACUGGGCGACUGUGACGGAUGACCAGCUCCCGGGGGACGUCGACCGGGACGCCCUUCACCGCCAGGUCGCCUACCCGCUGGGGAGCUCGUACCUCGUCACCAAGGAGGUGCCGACGAUGCCAAAGCCCAAGAGGUAUCCUUCCGAGCAUGCCCCCAUCGCUGAGCAUUCGCGCAACCUGAUUGACGCUGUAGUUGCUAUCACCAAGAUAGCGAUCAAGUACAAGGACGAUCUAGGCUGGGGUGAGAGUUGGUCUGACAAGCUGUGGGAUUCCGAGAUGAAACUGUUGAAUGUAGGGAAGAAGAAGGGAAAGACGGUAGCAAUCUCUGGCCCCAUUGCGGUCGCUGCCAAGAACAGACUGAAAGACAUGAUCCGCGAGCUCGGCAUUUCGGACCACGAGGACAGUUCGGAUGGCGAAGUCAGCGAGAGCAAUGAGGGUCAGAACCAAGGCUUGGAUUCUGAUGUUCAUGAACCUGACAACGAACAAUCGAAGCCCGGCCGCCCUGCUGCUGAAUCGAUCCUCGGCAAGAAGCGCCCCCGUUCAACCAGUACCAAUCACGACGAUGCUCCCUCGUUUUUAUCGUCACGAUUCGAGGUUGGACGAGGCGGAGGCAUUCCCGACCUUGUCGAUCGUGCCUUUGGAUUGGGUGGAGAGCAUUCCCCAUCCAAGAGACGCCAGACGGCGACUCCGGAUACCAGCAUAGAGGAGGUUGAUGCACACGGCUUGUCUGACGCCGCGGUCUCUGAGGCCUCGUCCAUUGAAAGAUACGAGGAUGACAACCAGUCAGUGGACGACGACCAGUUCAUGGACGACACGCCGCUCGGACAGGAUGGCGGCAGCUCGGACGAUGAUGAGGGUUUUGUUGAGCUGACGUUGGACAUGAACUCGGCUUCGCACGAUACAGUUGACGUUGCGGCCUUCCAGCGCUCGAGAUCUUCCUCCCCGCUGACAUCUACCUCCCCGCGUGUAUCGGACUCGCUGCCUCCCCUGCUCGGCAACGAGCUUGCUAGCUUCAUCUCCUCGGCGUUGUCGCCAAUUCCAGAAGGCUCCACCAUUGAAUCCGUGGAGCAGCAGGUUGAUUGUGAUGAGAGCUUCUUUUACACCAGGACAAAAACGACCGCCGCUGCUGUUGUCGACUUGGAAGUUGAGAAUACCAUGCAGGGCGUCACCAGCACGACCACCGCUCCCGUUGUCGACUCCAUGCACGGCAUCACCAACACGGCUGCCGCUGCUGCUGUCGACUUGGAAGCGGAGGAUAUCAUGAAGGGCAUCACCAGCACGACACCUAUCGUACCCGCUGCAAAUCCAGGCCCAGACACAAUCACUCGACUCCGAAAUACCAGUGCGUGGCUCCGGGCCCGCGACAUUGAGGCAUGCAUUGCCAUGCUGCACCCAGCUUGGAGUCGCUGCACAAGCCAGCGUGAUGACAAGUAUAUCCAACUCAUGGACCCGGGCUUCCCGAAGAAAGGCGAGGCGAACCAGAUCGCCCAUCCGGAAAAGCUGCCGGCAAGUCUGAUAUUCAUGCUGUGCCACGAAAACCAUUGGAUUGUGGCCGAGGUGGACCGCAGCGUGAACCCGGUUCAGUGUCACUACUGGGACCCGCUGCAGAGCAAGGGCAAUGGUGGUGGUAGGAUGCCUCCGGAGCUGGAGCAACGUCUGGUCAACUGGCUGGUUUCGACUUUUGGAAUAGAACCUGCAAGUGUAGCCUUCACAUCGGAAGUCUGUGCCGAGCAGAAGGACGGUUACAGCUGUGGGGUAUUUGCAAUACUCAACGCCGUGGCCCUACUCAAUGGGCAGCAGCCGCCGACGAUGUUGCUAGAGAGCCCUGAACAGUGUCGUUUAGCAUGGGCAGAGCAGCUACAGCAGGUCACUGGCCCUAGCCCUGAACAAGAGAAGGAAGACGACUUGGUACAGGUGGAUGGCAACAAAGACGAGACCAACAUCGAUGGCCCGGCAGAGGACAAGGGCGCGAACAAGAUCGACAGCCAGGGAGGAGAGGACGCGACCAUUGUCGACACCCUGAGAGAAGAGAAUCACGAAACCAAAGUCGACGGCAUGGAGGUAGACGAAGGAGGCAAGAACCAGUCUACCGUUCUCUCGUCGAUGUAUCUCGAUAUGAUCAAGACCAUCGCGAAGCACACACCAGCCGAGCUGGAACGUUGUCGGAGCGCUGCGAAAGGAAAAGACGAGUCUUACUUCGCAAAGCUCGACCUCGAAAUAAAGAUGACAAAAGAUCGGCAGCCUGAUGUGCAGGAGCGGGACAAGGCCAAGUCAGACCUCUUGGAGUUGCAACAGGCCAAGAAGCAUCUAAUUACCACUACAAAUGUUGUAGGCGCAAACUCACGACUGGCAGCAGAUCUUGCCCGUAUGCUGUCCGAUCUCGAAAAAACCUACGAUGGCGACUUGGCUGGUCUGGAAAAGACUGUCCAUGGACAAGACGAGCUCACACGAGAGUGCGGGCGCAAAAUAGAAUCGUUGAGUAAGGAGCGUGAGAAGGCUGAAGCUCACAACAAGCUGGUUGCCAGAACCCAGGAAUGUCUGCAGGAAUUUCAGGCCUGGCAGAACAAGUUUGCCGAUUUGCUGAAGGGCUGA